AUGUAUUGUAUUUUGCAUUUUCAGUACACUGAAGAAAAAAUUGGUAGUGCAGAAAAAACAGAGUUAGAUGGUCACUUUGAGUCACUGUCCCUUCAAACAGACUCGGCUAAACAAUGGACAGAAAAACUCUUGGCUGGUGCUGAGUCUGUACUUAUUCCCAACCCAGGGAACAGAGUAGAAGAUAUGAUCUUUGAAAAGAUAGAAAAGCGCCGUCCAAAUAGACUUAGUAACCUCGAAUAUUUAGGGUUGGACAUGGUUCAAGCAGGAAAUGAAUUUGGUCCAGGAACAGCAUAUGGUUCUGCACUUCUGAAAGUUGGUGGGGCUGAGCAGCGGUUAGGUAUGGUGGAAAGAGAGUUUGUGAGUAAUGCUGUCCAGGGGUAUGUACAGCCCAUGAGAAAGUUCCUCGACACUGAAAUGAAAACAAUCACAAGGGAAAAGCGACUUCUUGAAACUAAACGGUAGGUGAACUUGAAACUUGCAUCUUGAU